CUCCAAUUUAUUUUUCUACAAGUCACGACCAAACUGCAAAACGCCUCCUGCCAAUAUUUCUUAGCCACAAACUUGAUAUGUUCUUUUGGCUCUGAAGGACCCAGGAUUGACCAAACGCGAUGAGUGUCAAGCGAGCCAGAGAUGAUUCAUCUGCUGGUGCAAAGCAGCCAGACAAGAAGAAACGCAAGGGAUUCUCUGUUGGACCAGCGAAUCUUCCUGAUGGCACAUAUCGGCGGAAGACACAAAAAAUCAAAAACGACCUCAUCCAAAAAGCAAAGGUGAAAAGGGCUUAUGCCAAAGUCAAGGCACAAGAGGAGGCUGCACGAAUUGCACAAAACACUGAGAGCGGCCCGAAUGACCUCCCUCCCGAAAAUGCUCCCGUAAGCCUUGAGUUACAUCCGGACCGACAAGCAAUGCUCGAAAGACCAGAGGCGCGCGACAGACAAAUGCAACUCGACCAGGACGAUGCUCGAAAACAGAAUAGCCACUUCGACAAUCAAUCGAGAAAACGCCCUCCGAAACAAUCACGGUACAAGAAAGAAAUAAACCUUGCAGCUGAACACAAAGCAGCACUUGAAGCGAAAAGGAAAGCUAGAGAGGCUCGUGAGAAGGAGAACAAAGCCAUGGCAAAGGCUAGAAGACCCGGUAAAGACGGAAAAAUAAAGCUCGGGCGCCAGGGCACCGCGUUGCUGAAUCGAGUCCGGAGGCUGGCUGAAGAGGGCAAGAUAUGAAGUGGAAGUCCCUGCUCCACCAAAGAGAAAGGACCGGUUUGCAGCGUUCUCUAGGCCGAUCACAUUCUGGAGGCCAAAUCACCAAGGGUCGGUCUACUCGUAGGUUGGUGAGUUCUCAACCGUCACAAAGACUGUUGUGUAUAAAGGAACAGGCUUUCAAUGACAAUACCCUUCAGACACCGACUUGUACUGCGACCAUUGUGACAACAAGAGCUAAUAAAACAAAGCCCAUUCGACGACAAUCUAAGGUCAAUACUUCAAAGAACGAACUUUAUAAAACUGCCCCGACCAUCGACAGCCUUUUGAUUCCAUGGUUUGUACUUCUCUCGCCAUCAAUCGGUCUAUGAACAGCAUCCUAUAGACGCUCACACGAAUAAUCAUUUACUG